GAGAAAGGAGAGACGAGAGAGAGAAGACAGGAAAAGUGAAGAGAAGAGAAGAGACUCAGCACGGUCCAGUCCAGCGGUCCAUCAGGUGAUUCAUGGCGAGGAUGAAAGCGGUGAUUCUCAGCAGCUGCCUCUUGGUCGUGACCUUGACCUUAGUCUCAGCUCGCCCGGUGCAGAACGCCAGAGGUUUGAACAGCGGCAGCGAUGAGGGAUACUCUCGUUAUUUCCGGUCGCUCUACCCAUCAUACUACCCCUACACACCCUACUUCAGACGUCCCUAUUACAGGACCUUCCCGGGCUCCAACUUCCCCGGGAUCAACUUCCCCGGGAUCAACUUCCCCGGCUACAACUUCCCCGGCUACAACUUCCCCGGAUCCAAAUACCCCGGCUACGGGCGCGUACCAAUCUUCAACGGCUUUGAGCGGAAUGGCAACCCGGGGGCAGCACGGGAGGAGGAGAACCUGGUGGAUGAGGGAACUCCCCGGGAAUAUUCCAUCAUCAACGUAGACAGCCAGAGCUCCGACAUCUCCCGGGAGGAUACGAGCAGCGAUGAAGAUGAUGACUACAGUGUUCCCUACGGGAAUGAGGUGCCUGACUACCUGCACCCUGGGGUGCCAGAUUAUGCCCAGCCUGAGCUACCAGAUUAUGUAUACCCCCGGGUGCCAGAUUAUGGGCUCCCUAGGGUGCCAGAUUCUGCACAGCCCCGGGUGCCAGAUUCUGCACACCCCCGGGUGCCAGAUUAUGGACACCCCCGGGUGCCAGAUUAUGGACACCCCCGGGUGCCAGAUUCUGCACAGCCCCGGGUGCCAGAUUAUGGACACCCCCGGGUGCCAGAUUAUGGACACCCCCGGGUGCCAGAUUAUGGGCUCCCUAGGGUGCCAGAUUAUGGGCUCCCCCGGGUGCCAGAUUCUGCACACCCCCGGGUGCCAGAUUCUGCACAUGGACACCCCCGGGUGCCAGAUUACGAAGAGGCUGUAACCCAGGAAGAAGGGUUCCCCGGAGAGCCAGAUUACGAGGGCCCCUUCAUACCAGGGAUGGACACGGACAUCGAUGUGGGGUUUGAGCGACAAAGCUCCAAGGGGGCAGAAGAUGGAACAUCUAACGCGGAGGACCCAACCAGUGUCCUCCCCUACUCUGACUCCUCACAGAGUACAGAUUCACAUGGACAGAACCUGGAAGAGGACCAGAUCUUCACCGGCAGCAACCAGACCGCCGGUCUUCAGGAAGAAGUCAACGGGCCGGCUGGGGAGGACUCCAAUCCCGAGCAAACUCUGAGCAAUGAGGGAUUCGUGGACCUGCCACGGACCGUUGAGGACUCGGCCAAAGAAGACCAAACUGCAGAGGACCCCAGGAACACUGAUCUUACCACCUUUACCACUGAAGACGACAGUCGUUCUGAAGAUCUAGGUCGUUACGAAGAUCAGUAUCGUUUUACAGAGGAUAAUCAUUAUGAAGAUGAUGAUUUAAGCGACUAUUACCAGGAGGGCAAUGAUGAGACUGAAUCUGAAUUCAGCAGAGCAGGUUCCAACCGUAGUAGUUCAUCAGAGUCGGAUGAGAUGGGCCUCCAUGCUGGUGACGUUGAGGACACUGACGAUGAUGAGGACUCCAGUGAAGAUGUGACCAACAAGAGCCAGGCCGAGGGUGACUGGGCACGGGGUGACGAGGACAUGGAUGCCAACUAUUCCUUGUAAGGUGCUGGCGAAGAUGUCGGAUGAACCAUUUCUUUAUACGCUUUCCAGUCUGAGUUAAGGAAGUGUGGAAGUGGAUGGACAGUGUGAAAUUCAUUAUUGAUAACGUUAAAUGUGCAAAUAAUUGACUUUUUGCUUGACUGAGCUCACUUUAUUUGGGUGUAAGGUUUUCUGACCUUAUAUGGAAUACAUUCUGCAGGUUAUUGGCCAAAUCCUCAGGGAUCUCUUCCCAAAGCUGCUGAUACAGGCACAAGAGUCCAAACCACCAUGACAUGGGCUGAGAGGCUGGUCUGAAAAUGAUCUUAUUUUUUUUCAGUCAAUCUGAACCUUUUUUCCCCAGGGUGGAAAUGCCAAAGACUAGAGGGCAUAGUUUUAAGGUGAAAGGGGCCAAGUUAAAGGGAAAAAUGCAGGGCAAGAUUUUUCCCACAGAGGGUGGAGGGUGCCUGGAACGUGCUGCCAGGGGUGGUGGUGGUGGAGGCAGAUACGAUAGUGGCGUUUAGGAGGCUUUUCAUGGAUUUGUAUGGAUAUGGAGGGACGUGGAUCACAUGAUUAUUUAAUCUUGGCAUCAUGGACACCAUGGGCCAAAGGGCCUGUUCCUGGGCUCUACCUUUCUCUGUCCUCCUAUUUCUCUUUUCAUACAUGUUAUGGUUGUAAUGUGGGCAUUAGCGGCAAGAGCAGCCUUGUGGCCCGUGCCAGAUCCCUGUUGGGUAGGUGGUGAAGGUACUGUGUUUGGGGAGGGGGUUCUGACAUUUAGAUCCAGUUAUAAUCAAGGAACACUGAUGUACUUUGAAGCCAGGAUGACGUUGAAGAUUGAGUGUAAUGGUGGCCCCAUGGACCUUUUUGUCCCCAUCGUCCUUUGGUGCUUUAUGGCUGAGGUCAUGGAUUUGGUAAGAAGACUCUUGUCAAGUUGGCAAGUUUGCAGUGAUUAUUUCUUCAAUGUUAUUCUCCAUUUGGGAACCUUCUGCACUGAGUCUUCAGAGUUCACUGAAAGCAAGAGAUCUUCUUCUUCUUCUUCUUGCGUAUGGCGUGCACAGCCUAAAGUUGUAGGAAAACUUGUUCUAUUUGAUCUUACUUGAUUGUGCACGCCGGGUUGAUUGCAUUCGUCGAAACAGGGCGGACCACAUGAAGGUUGCAAUCUCCCACCCCAAAGCAAGGGAUCUCAGUUCAGAUCAGUUUAGUUUAGUUUAUUGUCACGUGUACCGAGGUACAGUGAAAAGCUUUUGCUGCGCGCUGUCCAUCAACGGAAAGACAACACAUGAUUACAAUCGAGCCAUUCACAGUGUUCAGAUACAUGAUAAGGGAAUAACGUUAGUGCAAGGUAGAGCCAGUAAAGUCCGAUCAAGGAUAGUCCGAGGGUCACCAAAGAGGUAGAUAGUAGUUCAGCACCGCUCUCUGGUUGUGGUAGGAUGGUUCAGUUGUCCGAUAACAGCUGGGAAGAAACUGUCCGUGAAUCUGGAGGUGUGCGUUUCCACACUUCUGUACCGUUUCCCCAAUGGGAGAAGGGAGAAGAGGGAGUGGCCGGAGUGAGACUGGGCCUUGAUUAUGUCGCAGGCUCUAAACAUUUGUAUUGGGUGCGAUGGUGUAUUAAUCUGCAGCAAAACACCAAGUGCGGGAGGAGCUCAGCAGGUCAGGCAACAUCUGUGGAGGGAAAGGACAGACGAUGCUUCAGAUCGGGAUUUUCUUCAACCAUCCAUUCCCGUGUCUGCCGUUUCUUGUGUCUCCAUACAUUAAUCCGUACACUUAUAUGUAUAUGUGAUAAGUAAUUGUCAUUUCUGUAAUGGAUUCAUUUGAUUUUGCGGAUCAGUUGUAUCUGCUGUAUUUUAAAUGUAUUUUGAAACUUCUCCCUUCUCCAAAUAAAAUUUAUUGGAAUAAAAG